UCGUCAAUUAGCACUUUGUGUUGGAGUUUGAAUUUGAUUUGGACGAGCUUGGAGGUUGGCUACUUGUUUUGGUUCUGAAUCUGAUCGAAUUCUGAAUUAGGGUUUAAGAUUUAGGGAGAGAGAUGGGUAGCCCCCCGAAGCAGGACGAAAAUAAGGGUUUCUUUGCCACCGUGUCUUCAAUGUUCAGCAACGCUAUGCAGCGAUCCGUCAAUGGGCUUCUUGGAUAUGAAGGUGUAGAAGUCAUAAAUCCAGAGGGAGGUCAAGAUGAUGUGGAGGAGGAAGCUCGAAGAGGAAGAUGGAAACAGGAGGAAAGAGAUGGUUACUGGAAGAUGAUGCAGAAAUAUAUUGGCUCAGACGUAACAUCAAUGGUGACACUACCAGUUAUUAUAUUUGAACCAAUGACUAUGCUUCAGAAAAUGGCUGAGUUGAUGGAGUACUCCUACUUAUUAGAUCAGGCAGAUGAAUCAGAGGAUCCAUACAUGCAAUUGGCGUAUGCAUCAUCAUGGGCUAUAUCUGUGUACUUUGCAUACCAACGAACCUGGAAGCCUUUUAAUCCUAUCCUUGGAGAGACCUAUGAAAUGGUUAACCAUGGUGGAAUUACAUUUCUUGCAGAACAGGUGAGUCAUCAUCCUCCAAUGAGUGCUGGACAUGCUGAGAAUGAGCAUUUUAUGUAUGAUGUUACUUCAAAGUUGAAAACCAAGUUUUUGGGAAAUUCUGUAGAUGUUUAUCCUGUUGGAAGAACACGAGUGACCCUUAAGAGGAAUGGUGUAAUCUUAGAUUUGGUGCCGCCUCCCACAAAGGUCAACAACCUCAUAUUUGGCCGGACUUGGAUUGAUUCACCUGGGGAAAUGAUAAUGACAAAUUUGACAACUGGAGACAAAGCUGUGCUAUAUUUUCAACCAUGUGGAUGGUUUGGAGCUGGUCGAUAUGAAGUGGAUGGAUAUGUUUAUAAUUCUUCUGAGGAGCCUAAAAUAUUAAUGACUGGGAAAUGGAAUGAGUCUAUGAGUUAUCAACCUUGUGAUUCAGAAGGAGAGCCUCUUCCAGGCACAGAAUUGAAAGAGGUUUGGCAUGUUGCUGAUGUUCCACCAGAUGAUAAAUUCCAGUAUACAUAUUUCGCCCAUAAAAUAAACAGCUUUGACACCGCCCCUAGAAAGCUGUUAGCAUCAGACUCUCGUCUACGCCCAGAUAGAUAUGCACUUGAAAUGGGUGAUCUGUCAAAAGCUGGAACAGAAAAGAGCAGUUUGGAGGACAAGCAGCGUGCUGAAAAGAGAACCCGAGAGGCAAAAGGGGAUAACUUCACGCCAAGAUGGUUUGAUUUAACUGAAGAAGUGACUCCAACUCCUUGGGGUGAUUUGGAAAUCUAUCAAUAUAAUGGUAAAUACACUGGACAUCGAGCUACUGCAGAUAACUCGGGAAGCAUUGAUGAUAAUGUUGAUGUUAAAUCAAUUGAAUUCAAUCCAUGGCAGUAUGGUAAUUUGGCCACGGAAUGAAUUUGCUUUGGGUUUGUGGAUGCUGCGUUAGUUCAUUUAACUUUUUACAUAUACGUGGAAAAAAUUUGUAAUUUUGGUUUUGUUGACUUGUCUACAUUGUAAUUUCGACAGUUCUCUUUAUGCCCACAUUAGUAUUUCGAUUAUGAUAUUGAAUAUUUUGAAUGGAUGGUGGGUGUAGUGGUUACUUCAACUUGUAAAUAUCCGUUGCUUUUGAACAAGUGAAACAUGGUUUUGU